AUGAGUACCACUGCGAGGUCGAUGGAAGCUCGACAGGGUCGCGAUAAGCAAAAAUAUGCCUCCAAUGGUGCACGUGUUGUAGCUGGCGCCGUCGUUCUUAGUAAAGACCGUCGGCAAGUGCUCGUCGUUUCGUCCGAGGCCCGACCAGAGUUUUGGGUUUUACCAAAAGGCGGUGCGGAAACGGAUGAAACUAUAGAAGAAUCAGCUAUCCGUGAAACCUGGGAAGAAUCUGGUGCCAUUGGCUCGAUUGAGAGUAAAAUAGGAACUUUUUUGGACGAGCGGCCGCCCAAGCACUGGCGCAAAGAGAACGGCCCGCCCCCACCCCGCACCGAGUUUCACUUCUUCAACAUGAUUGCUGAUCGUCUAGCAGACGAUUGGCCGGAAAAGAACAAACGUCGUCGGCAGUGGAUGACGUUUGAACAGGCCCAUACCGCCUUAAUAGAAAACGAUCGCCAGCCGCUUGCCGACGCUCUAGCCGCCAGUGCGUGUUUGCGCGGAUGA